AUGAUCAAGAUUACCAUUCGACUCGUUGGACAAGAGAAAGAUAUAUUAUACGAAGGAAUUGAUAUUGAUCCACAGAUUUACAUCUAUGACGUAGUGAUGUUGGUUAAAAAAGUGACAAAAAUACCAGAAAAUUAUCAAGAGAUACAUUUCCGUGGUGAAGAGCUACCUGAUACUUGUCAUCCGUUCGAAUCUAUUAAGGAAUUUGAAGAAAUAAUAGUGAAACAUACUUCACUUGAUCGGUGGAGCCUAUACCGAACUUACGUAGAGAACGUCAAAAAGCGGGUAAAAUAUGUUGUUGAUAACGCUGAAAGAGCCGUCAAACAUCAUCAGUACUUGAUGGAAGAUGGCUUUUUUGAUGUGUAUCCCGAUUUCGAAGAAUACCGUCGAAAACACCAUCCUGAAAUUGCGGCAUGGGUAGGAGGUGUUCUGGAAUUAAUGGUCAAUGACGUAAGUGACCAUUUUCUCUUCCAACACAGACGGCAAGGAGGAAAAUCACUAGCCAACUUCAAGUAUAACUGGAACCCAAGAAUAAAAGAUAUGAGCGGAACCCUGAAGGGAAUCACUGCUUACGUCCAGCUUCAUAAAGAAGAGCAGCCAACCAAAUACUUGAUCGAAUGCAAUCACAAUGCAAUUUCUUCAAAAGAAUUUUUUCUGGAUAUUAUCAAAAUGUUUUGCUACAAAAUUUUGGAACUUCUGGAAGUUGGACCGGCAGUUCAAUUCAUCCUUCGUCCCCAACGCAGAGGCAAGAGGAUCACAUACAUUGCUUGUACUUGGCGUGAUGAUUUCAUCCCCUUAUCUAAACUUACCGAUAAAAGUGAAUUCAGUAUUGAAGCACUUAUCCAAUUACGUUUGCUGAAUGUGCUUCUAUUCAUCGGCGAUCUUCAUGGCGACAAUUGUGGUCAGUGGAAGUCCACAGAUAACGCCGCUGUUGUUGAUCCGAUCCCACUUCCGUAUGCGACUUAUCCAGAUGUUAAAAGAGCCGUGCAUGCUCCUUUCGAACUAGCUUGGGAUGAUGUGCCUCGCAAGUUGCUUUUGGAACAUCCUCAACAAAAAUUUUGGGAUAUUGCCCGAAAAAGUUUGGAUAAGUGGAAUCUGCUUGACAAAAUAAAGCAAGCGAAUGAAUUAAUCACGGAAGAAUUAGCUUGUGAAUCUAAAUAUACCGUGACAAACGAUCUGGACAAUCACUUGGAUGCAGUUAUAGCCAAUUUGGAAAAGCUCUUGAAUGAGUUAGGUUUGAGUCAAUAA